AUGGCAGUCAGGCGCACCCUCGCCCUCGCAGCGCGCCCACUCGCCUGCUCUCGCUCGUCGUCCUCAUCGCCUGCGCUCGCCUCUCACCCCUCCGUGCGACGCCGCCCCUUCUCCUGUACCCCCACGACCCACUUCCAGCAAGGCUGGGACACCUUUGACGACGAAUCCGCCUUUGCGCCCGCCACCACCCUCCCCGCUCCCUCCGUCGACCCCUCUGCCGCCCCCUUCGUGCGGCACCACCUCGAGCGACGCCCGACCCCGCCCUCGAGGCGCGUCCCGACCCCCGCCUCGCGCGAGUUCAAGCAGCGAAACGCAGACCGCUUCGUCGACGAGGAACCGGCCCUCCCUCGGCAGGGCACCGAGUCGACCUGGCGCGACUUGCACCCGCAGCACUUGCACGACUUGAGGUUGCAGAUCCUGAGACGAGGGGCGCGCACGCCGACGGAUGCGGAUCUCGACGCGGCGUACAAGGGUUGGUUGAAGCGCGCCUACAAGGAGCGCGAGUCGGGGAUCUUGCAGGAGAUGAAGGAGAUUCAGAAGGAGGACAAGCGGAGGGAGCAGCUCGACUUGGCGUGGGAGUGGGAGAGGCAGGUCGCUGUCAAGGCGGGGAUUGCGAGGACCGAGGAGGAGCAGAUCAAGGACAAGCGGGUGCUCGAGCGCCUCGAGGCGAGGAGGGAGGAGCACAUCCGUGCCCAGGAGGAGAUGCGCGCCGAGGAAGAACGGCGACUCGAAGCGGGCCUGCCGCCCCUCUUCCCCGUCGACGAACCCCAACCGGACGAGCCGGAAUGGAAGAAGCGCGUCCGGGCGAACAAGCUCAAGUUCCAGACGGGCUGGGCGCCCCCGAAGCGCAUCUCGCGCGAAGCGAUGGACCUCGUUCGGGUGUUGCACAAGUCGGACCCGGAGACGUACUCGACACCGAACCUGGCGAGCAAGUUCCGCAUCAGUCCCGAGGCGAUCCGGCGCAUCCUCCGCAGCAAGUUCGAGUUGUCGGAUGAGGAGCGCGUGAGGCGCGAGCGCAAGAGGCAGGAGGAGAAGCGGGCAGAGACGGCGCGGCGGCACAUGGAGGACCGCCAAGGUGGUUCGACUUCUCCACCCGUACAGACGUGGGGCGGAGACCGCGCAGCCGAGCGAGCAGAGUUGCAAGCAAUCAGGGACGUCACGGCCGCCGACGCAUUCUACGACUCGAACGGCCAGCCUUGGAACCGCCGCGAUCCGAGGAUGGCGUCGUGGAGGGACGGGCGGUCGUCGAGGUUUGGCGGUGGCGGCGGCUCGCGCAGUCGGGACGACGGUGCGCGGUCGUACGCGCCUCGGACGGACUCGCGCUCGUCGCACGGCGGCGACUCCCGACCUCCCUUCUCUCGCGACUCUCGGCCGCCCUUCUCCCGCGACCGCCCCUCCUCCUCCUCCAACCGCGGCGACUCUCGCCCAGCAUAUGCGCCACGAGAGUCAGCUCCUCGCUCGUCCUCGUCUGAAGGGCGGUAG